AUGGCCAACAUCAUAACACAAGUGUCACAGGACAGUGGUGCCGCUAUCCAGGUGCAGGAAGAAGACGACUUCAAUGCGAUCAUCAACUUGAACGUCCGCAACACCCUGUUCCAGAUAACUAGAGAUGAGCUCAUGAGCUUGCCUGAAAGCAUAUUGCUUUGUCUUUUCCCAAACGGGGUGUUUCUUGAUGAUCAAGGACAAGUGAUAACCAACUUGACAGAGAACGACGUGGUUUACGUUGAUUUUUCUCCAGAAUGCUUCCAAUAUAUUCUCCAAUCUUUUAGCAAAGCGGCUGCUUCGAUGCCCGCCACCAAUAACAAUAAUGACUACUACUACGAUAGUGGUGACGAGUACCGUCCAUUAGACUCAUCGGUACUCAAGACAAAGCCGUGUGUUAUUGUCCUUAGAGAAGAUCUCGAUUUCUACUGCAUACCGCCAACUACCGGGCUUUCAUCACAGGACAUGAAGAAAAUCAAGCUUCUGGUAGCCAGGCAGCUCGUACAGCACGACAGAAUCUUUGAAGGUUUGGGAUACAAGGAAGGAAAGCCAUUGGGCCCUGCCGAACAGCAUUUAUUGGACAUGUUGUGCCAUGCCGGAUAUACUACGACUGAUGCCUGGGGACACCGAGAUGUCGAGUCAAAUAAGCUGGUGGUCAGUUCAUUGGCCCUUGUACAAUUAAAGGCAGAUGGAGAAGGUGAUGCAAACUCUAAAUUGUUGUUGUUUUGGAAGAAGCCUGCACGGAAGUGCUGGUGGCUGAAUGAAGUAUUGGAGCUCCUAGUAAAUGAGGUGUUUGCCGAACCAGUAAGUGUCAAGGUACACAUAAGAAGGGUAUGGACUUUAGAGUUGGCGGUAUUGUCACUGCAUUGA